AUUGGUACAAAAUUGACCGACUACGCAUGAACUUUACUUCAAUCUGCACAAUAUACUAGUUCAGUGACUUCAACUAAAAUAUAAAAACAACAGCAAAAUCGGAGAUAUGUUUAGCGUGAAGAUUGAUUAAAAUACCCAAUGGAUCUUGACCGUAUAUAAGGUUUGUUGACCCACAAAAAUAUAACACUUAUUUAAAUCUACAGAGAGAUUACGCGUGGCAGAGAGUCAACCAUCAUGGAGUCGGGAUCAAAGGAGGACUUGGCUUUAGUAUUAAAAAAUGCAAGGGCAAAUCAUCAGUUCUAUAGUCAACAACAGGCGCCCCUUCAACAAGAAGCAAAUGGAAAAGCAAAUUCUCAAAAUGGCGACGUAUAUGACGGAUACCAAAGCGAGGCUGAAACUCGCCGUAGCGACAACAGACCACAGACAUUUAAAACACAUCAUGAUGAGGACGAUCCUGAUAAAGAAGAUGUUCUUGGGAGUCUUUAUGAGAACGCGAUAUCUGAGGCAGGAUUUGGGAAGUUCCAGUGGACAUUGCUAUUCGUUCUUGGCCUUGGAAUAAUGGGAGACGGCAUAGAGUUGUAUGUGGUGGCGUUUAUUCUACCAGGAGCAGAGAAAGAUUUAUGUAUGACGUCAGCCAUGAAAGGAUGGUUAGGUUCAGUAGGUUUUGCCGGUAUGUUAGUCGGAAGUUUAGUGUGGGGCAGUAUUGCUGACCGGAUAGGAAGAAAACCUUCUCUCCUUCUCUCGCUCUCCAUUAAUGCCAUCUUUUCAUUAGUAUGCGCAUUCAUGCUGACCUUUGAACUGUUCGUCAUGUGCCGAUUUAUCUGUGGAUUCGGGAUUGGUGGAUCUAUUCCCAUAACCGUGGCAUAUUUCCUUGAAUUCUGCCCCCGACAGCGUAGAGGUCGGCACAUCGGGAUGCUCUUGUUAUGGUGGACAAUGGCAGGACUGUAUGUCUCGAUUGCCGCGUGGAUAAUCAUCCCAUAUAAAGAAUUAGCUUUCCAUAUAAUGGGAUCGGACUUUCAUAGCUGGAGAAUCUGCCUUAUAGUCUGUGCGAUCCCAUGCUUAGCCUCCGUCAUUGGACUAUUCUUUAUGCCCGAGAGUCCCAGGUAUCUCUUAGAGGUCGGAAAAGAUUUAAAGGCUCUCUCGGUGUUCCGCCAGGUAUACCUGUGGAAUCAUGCUGAAGACGACUCGGAUGACGAAUACGAAAUGCCAGAAAUUCGUAUCCCCAAUAACAUGCCUGCAUCGCCAUCUAUACAAAAUGAAAAAGCUAAAAACUGCUUUCAUGAUUGCCAGUCAAAGUUCAAAAAUAUUUGCAGUUCAUUCAGGGAUAUAUUUGGUUCGUCCCUUAUUGUAACCACACUCAUUCUUACUGUCACAUGGUCAGCACUGACCUUUGGGUAUUACGGGAUGACCAUUUGGUUCCCUGAAUACAUGAAAAAACUCCAAAUGGAGGCUUACUUCCGUACUACUGAAUAUACUGCUAACUCUACAGUCCUAGGUGCCAACUUCACCCAUCAAACAGACAAUAUGGAGUACGACAACGUCAUGUUUGAUCACGUGACUUUUUACAAUAUAAUCCUGACGCAUGUCACAUUUCAAAAUUGUACAUUUCUUAAUUGUAUAUUUAAAAAUGUCACAUCUGCAAAAACGUCAUUUCUUUCAUCAAGUUUAUACAAUGUGACUUUUACACACACAGACUUUGUGGAUGCACAGUUCCAAAACACGCACUCUCGGAAUGUUUAUUUUGCUGAAAACAUGACGGGAUGUGCUGUAGAUUUUGAUAUUAACUACAGCGCACGUCAGGUGUAUUUUGAAAACUUUCUCGGUCAGUUAGCUGUGUUACCUGGAGGACUUGUUGUUGCCUUCUUGGUCGACUUCGUCGGCAGAAUUAGGUUACUAGCUGGAUCCAUGUUCCUAUGCGGGAUAAGUGUGUUUUUUAUUUGGCUGUUGGACAGAGAGCUGGGGGUGGUCAUUUUGAACUGCGUCUUCAUGUUGCUUGGCAAUAUCAGUUGGAACACCCUCGAGAUCAUCAGUGGAGAACUCUAUCCUUCUAGAACGAGGGGAACAGGUUUGGGGUACUUGAGCUGUAUAUCCAGGGUAGCUGCUGUACUGGGAAAUGUGUCUUUUGGCAAUUUGAUCGAUAUUAGUAAGUUUAUACCUAUUUUGCUGACAGCAAGCGUCAUGGCUAUUGGAGGGCUCGUGUCUACCAAACUGACUGACUCCAGAGACAUCAUGAUAUAGGUAAUACCGUAUAUACCAUUGGAAAGUGAGAGUUACGUGUGCAAUAUCUCUAUUCAAAAGAAGACACCAACUUUUGGAAUUAUUACUGUAAGUCCGUAAUAAAUCAGAACCAGCAGAUGAAUCGUCGAAUGGUGUCAUGGUGUUAAAUGAAGACAUCAUUAGUUCGCUAGCGGAAUGUUAAGGUUAUGAGGUAUAUGAUUCCUUCCAUAAGAGACUAGAACUAUUGCUAUGAACUACAUGUAUGAACUACGUUGAUAUAGCCAGCAAAUGAACAAUAGAGGCCAUGACUAACUCUUGUAUUUAUACAUUCUGAGAUGAUGAUUUAUAUAUCAACAUUUGAGUAUGAACCAUAUACAGACAUUAGGAUGGAUAUAUGGUUAUUGAGAAUGGAUAGUAUUAUAAUUUUGAGAUUUUGUCACAUUUGAGAAUGUACGUAAUGUCAAAAUAAUUUUACAUUUUACAAAACAGACUGAGUGGUUUGCAGAAUGAUGCAAUGGAUAUUGAAAAUGAAUUACAACACAUGCAAUUAAAACAUCACAGGCAUUUACGAAGAUUUAACGCAUUUGCAGA